GUCCGAGCGGCCGAGCCGUCAGUCCCGCCCUCGGUUCUUUCGCGUUUUCGGUCAGUCUCCGUUCGGCGUUCGAACGGUGAGGUGUGUAAAGCGCGUGUGCGCACCGGUUACUGUGGCGUACUGCGAGGUUAUAAUGGACGCGCCCGGCGGAGCGCGGGAGCCCCGCUUCGGGUCGCCUUACGGUAUGGGACUCCUUGGAGACGUACCGGACAUGUACGGAGCGGGCCGGCCGCCGAGCUCCCUCGGCGGUGGAGGCCUGAGACCGGGCAUGCAGAGCUGCCCGGUGCCCAGGGCUGGUGUGAAGCGCCCUUCGGACCAAUGCUACGACGAGAGACCGUCGCAGAGCCUCGGGCUGGAGCACUGCCCCAUGCCGGACAUCGCCGACGAUGGCUACGCUUCCCUCCAGCCCAAGAAGUCUCCGCCGUCGAACGGCAAGAAGACUAAAGGGCGCGUGAAAAUAAAAAUGGAGUACAUUGAUAAUAAACUUCGGCGGUACACGACUUUCUCGAAGCGGAAGACAGGAAUCAUGAAGAAGGCUUACGAGCUGUCGACUUUGACGGGAACACAAGUGAUGCUUUUAGUCGCGUCGGAAACCGGCCACGUGUACACAUUCGCAACGAGAAAGCUUCAACCGAUGAUCACUUCGGAUUCGGGAAAGAGGCUUAUACAGACGUGCCUCAACUCUCCUGAUCCCCCAACGACCAGCGAGCAGAGAAUGGCGGCCACGGGCUUCGAGGAAACGGAGCUCACGUAUAACGUCGUCGAUGACGAUAUGAAGGUGAGGCAAUUGGCGUACGGCGGCUCCGCGCAGUAUCCCAUAGAACACCACCCGGGUCUCGCCCCGUCGCCGCUGCAGCAGUACCACCAGCAUCCCCCAUGCCCAUCGCCGCUCCCCUUGAGCUCAUUAGGGCAACCCUACUCUCACGCGCACCUAUCUCACCCACACAUGUCUCAUCACCCGCAGCGGUAG